AUGACACUCGACGCACUCCCUGUCCUUGUCGUUAUCGGAGGCGGCGGCAUCGGUCUCGCAACAGCGCACCGGCUCGGAGCAGGCCGUCACAUCUUCUUAGCCAGUCGUUCGCCCUCCACUCUCUCAGCCGGCGCCGAGUCGCUCAGGAGCGCAGGUCACAAGGUCACGACGCAGCAAGUCGAUGUGUCCUCGUACGAAUCCGUAGCUGCCAUGGCAAAAGCCGCCGCGUCCCUCGGCGGCGCCGUCGAGACGGUGGUCUUGACGUCCGCCGUCAGCCCGUCGAUGGGGUCGACGGGAGCGAUUCUCGCCGUGGACAUCCUCGGGACGGCCAAUGUGAUCGAGGCGUUUGGCAGGGAGGUCGAGAUGGCGCCCGGGUCCUCGCUGACAUGCGUCGCGAGCAUGGUGCAGCACAACGCCCCCCCGCUCUCCCCCGACCUGGAGAAACAUCUGGCCACGGCGCCGCUGUCGACGCUCCUCGAGAACACGGAACUACGGGACCUCGUUGGCGGUGACGACGGCCCCAGCGGUGUGGCGUACUUCAUCGCCAAGAAGGCCAACAGCCUACGCGUGCAGGCGGCCGCCGUGUCGAAGGUGUACGCGAGCCGCGGCGUGCGGGUCAACUGCGUCAGCCCGGGGAUGACACAGACGAACAUGCUGGCGGUGGAGACGAAGGGCGCGUCCGGGGAGGUGAUCCGGAAGAUAAUGAAGGAGCACCCGCUGAAGAGGGCCGGGACCGCGGAAGAGGUUGCGGAUGCGGUCGCGUUUGUCGCUGGGUGCGGUUAUGUUAACGGUACGGACUUGCUGGUCGAUGGGGGCUGGAUUGCGAAGAAGAGAUGGGGAGAGAUGGGGGCUAAUUGA